GUGAAUAUCACAGAGUCAUAUGAACUAUUUGAGUAAAAUCUAGAUCUUGUAUUAAUUCACUUCCCUCCAAAAAAACCAACAAUGUCUUCUGUUCUUCCUUCACCAUCACUUUUAAUUAACAAAGAAACGAAAUUUAGACAAAACCAUUUAACCUUUGAUGCAUCUUUUCUUCAGAAUGAAACUAGCAUACCCCAACAAUUCGUGUGGCCAGAGGAGGAAAAGCCCCGCCGCGAGCCACCACCGCCGCAACUACAUGUUCCUCCCAUUGACCUUAAGGGUUUCUUCACCGGCGAACCACUCGCUGUGUCCAAUGCAGCUCAAUUAAUUGACUCUGCGUGUCGAAAGCAUGGGUUCUUUCAAGUUGUUAACCAUGGUAUUGAUUCUAGGUUAAUCAAUGAAGCUCACAAGAUCAUGGAUCUUUUCUUUGGAAUGCCACUUUCUGAGAAGCAAAGGGCUCAAAGAAAACUUGGAGAGUAUUGUGGAUAUGCUAGUAGUUUCACUAAUAGAUUCUCUUCCAAGCUUCCAUGGAAAGAAACACUUUCUUUAAGGUAUUCUGCGGAUCCAAAAUGCUCAAACUUAGUUCAAGAUUACUUCUUGAAUGUGAUGGGAGAAGACUUUAGCUAUAUCGGGAGAGUUUGUCAAGAAUAUUGUGAAGCUAUAAGCAAACUAUCUAUUGAUAUCAUGGAGCUGCUAGGAACGAGCCUAGGAGUUGGUAAAUCCCAUUUUAGGGACUUCUAUGAAGAACACGAUUCAAUUAUGAGAUUAAACUACUAUCCGCCUUGCCAAAAACCCGAUCAAACACUUGGAACCGGUCCUCAUUGUGAUCCAACAUCUCUUACUAUUCUUCAUCAAGAUAAUGUCGGUGGGCUUGAAGUUUAUGUGGACGAAAAAUGGCACUCUAUUGCUCCAUGUUCAGAAGCUUUUGUCAUUAAUAUUGGAGAUACAUUCAUGGCACUGUCAAACGGAUUAUACAAGAGCUGUUUACACAGAGCGGUUGUGAACAACCAUACGCCAAGAAAGUCCCUCGCGUUCUUUCUGAGUCCGAAAAUGGACAAAGUGGUAUGUCCCCCUAAAGCGUUGGUCGAAGACAUCAAUAACCCGAGAAUAUAUCCAGAUUUUACAUGGUCCACUUUCCUUGAGUUCACUCAGAAACAUUAUAGAGCAGACAUGAAUACCUUUGAAGCCUUCUCAAAAUGGCUUCAGAAUGGAAGAAAAUGCAUUUCAGAACUAUAGUGGAAUAUCUAAUUCCGCAUCCAGUUUCGGUUUUGUACAAAGUCAAUAAUCCUUUAAAUAUCAGUCAAUCUACGCAAGAUUAUGCAGAAAAAAACAUGAUGCUUGGUUUGUUUACAUGGGCAGAUGUGCACUUCUAAAGUUAAAACAAAAUAUUUUCAAUAAGAUUAUGAAUGAUAUUA